GAUUGUUCGGAGAGUAGUAGAUGGCGGGAGUGAUCUCCGUGUGAUAUAACUGUGUUAGAUUAGUUUUUAAAUUUUUAGUGUAUAAUAUAGAAUAGUUAUAAAAAUGACUAGAGCUAAAAUAGAACUAGGCGAUGUGACGCCUCACAAUAUAAAGCAACUAAAAAAGCUAAACACAGUUGUAUUCCCCGUGUCAUACAACGAUAAGUUCUACAAGGAUGUAUUGGAGGCAGGUGAACUGGCGAAGCUGGUUUACUACAAUGAUAUCGUGGUGGGCGCAGUGUGCUGUAGGAUAGACACGUCGGAGAACUCCCGGAGAUUGUACAUAAUGACGCUAGGGUGCCUGUACCCAUACAGAAGAUUGGGCAUUGGGACUCUUAUGGUGGAACAUGUGCUCAAAUAUGUUGAACAAGAGGGCAAUUUUGACAGCAUUUUCUUACAUGUUCAAGUUAACAAUGAGGGUGCAAUAGAUUUUUACAAGAAGUUUGGCUUUGAAAUUGUGGAGACGAAAGAGCACUACUACAAGAGGAUAGAGCCGGCAGAUGCACAUGUGUUACAGAAGACCAUUAGACAACCUCAGAGCGCUCCCCUCUCAAACGGGACUGUGCCACAUGCCAAAACGAACGGGCAUGACUGAGCGAGUAUGUGAAACUCGGUAUGUACAAAAAGCUCUGAAAUUUCCAUUGGAUGAUGAAUAUGGCUAUGGCAGGCUUCUUACAGUUGAAUUAUUACUAAAUGUUGCUUAUUUAUUUGUCUCUACAGUGUUUGUGGGUGUUCAAUACCAUAACUGUACUUUUCAGUACAGAUGGUGUUUUUUUACGCACUAGUGCGAGAAGUGGAUCAUUAUAUGUCAGGUCGAAACUUCGCAUGGCCAUCAGUACUGAAUGUUUUUCAGUACUGAUGGCCAUCCUAAGAUUCGACCUGACGAUUCCGACAUUGACGACUUCCGAAGUUUCGUACGAUACACGUGUGAAAAGGAAAUUCGUAACUCGUGUCGUCCUUUUUUUCGCACUUGUAUCGUAAUGUACUAUUUCAGUACUGAUAAAAAUGCUAUGAGCCAUGGCAAUAUUGAUAAAUAACUCGACUACAAAUUCACCAAGAUAUGCUAGCUGUGUUCUCAAAAAUAACUAGGUAUUCAAAAUAUGUCAACAUAUUCCAAAAUCAUUCAAAUUUCUUCUUGUGAUGCUGGAUAUUCACAGAAUGUAAACAUUGGAAAGGAGUUUUGGUUGUUACAUUUCUAUAAUUUGGAGUCUUAAUUCAUUUUAACCAAUUAAUUUAUUGAACUUGCACAAAUUUGGGACUAAAAGUUUGUGGACUAUGAUUCUAUUCCUAUUCCUGUGCUAAUCAUAAUAUCGCCUAGAUAUGUUCACUGCAGUGUAGGGUUCAAAAGUCCUCCUAUGACACGUGGUUACUUGAGAGUGGCACUAAUUGCUGCAUCAAAGGUUUUAAAGUAACAUCUGAUACCAAUUUGACUGUAAGAAGUAUCCGCUACCUGAUACAGAGCAAGAAAUCAUCAUAUAAAGGAUAACUGGUCAUAAUUGUAAAGCAAAGUGAUACAACAUUUGUAUAAAACAUAAGUCGCUCACUAAAGUAGCUAAGACUUGGCUACACCGCACUGCCACCUUGUAAUUUUUUCACAUAAGUGAGAGUGAGAAAAAGAUACCUCUCUUGCAGGAUAGUGGUUUACCUUGGUGCGGUGUGGUCAAGUAUUAGCACUAAGUAUACAGAAAGUCAUAAAUUAAUGUUAAGCCAAAGGCCUACAAAUGUAACUUUGCCUGUGUGUGAAACCAAUAAGACAGGUGUAUAUCAGGAAAUUUUACUAGCCUUCAAAAAUACUUAUUUCAGCCCAUGUAUAGAUAUUUACUGUACAUAGGUAGCAAUUAAAUGUAUGCGGCUUAUUCUAAUAGGUCAUUUGAAUGAUUCACGGUUUUUUCAUUAGACUUAUAUUGACUGGGAUAUAUAAUUUCAAGUGUCUAUAUCCCGGUCAAUAUAAGUUUAAUAGGUCUGGGUCUCAAUAUUUUGGAUUAUACUUUUGUCUUGUUAUUUAGCAUUAGUAAAGACUACACAUCUUGACAUGUAUUUUUGACAAUGCUAGUUAUGGAACGGAAAUAAAAUAAAUAAAUAAUAUUAUGCUAAAUUAUUGUUACAUAUUGGAUGUGACUCAUGUGAAAAAGGUACAUUCAGAUUGAGUCUUUUCAUUGCUAAAUAUAAAUAAAUUUGAAAUGAAAAUGAGUGCUUGUUAAAGAUUUCGGUAUUGCAGACUACAUGCUAUUAAUUAACUUGUACAUUGAAAUUCUAGAAAUAAUUAUUUUUCAUUCUCUGUGUGUGUAGUUUGUUUCUUGUGUAUUUGUGUAACUGUACAAAAAAAACCUUAAUUUAUUCAUUUUUUUACUUAAAGCAUAAGGAAACAAAAACAUACAUUUUUAUAAAUAAAUUAAUCUUUGAAUAUUGUAAACAUGAAAAAAGGCUGGUUCAAUUUUACUGAUUAUAGAACUUAAGUUUUAGCAUAAUAUUAAAUUUCUUACUAGCAAUAUUUAAAUAUUUAAAACAUGCUAACUCCAUAGUCAUUAA